AUGAGUGGUAAAUUUGUUCGUGCUUCCAAAUAUAGACACGUCUUCGGUCAAGCUUCCAAGAGAGAACUACACUACGAAAAUGUCAAAGUAACCAAUAAUGCCUGGGACUCCAACAUUCUUCAAACAAACGGUAAAUUCAUCUCUGUCAAUUGGAACUCCAGUGGUGGUGGUGCCUUUGCUGUGAUUCCCGUGGAAGAAGUUGGUAAAGCUCCUGAUCAAGUUCCCCUAUUUAGAGGACAUACUUCACAAGUCCUUGAUACCAAUUUUGACCCGUUUAAUGAUCAUAGAAUCGUUUCUAGUUCAGAUGAUUCGAAGAUUGGUAUCUGGGAGAUUCCACAGGAUUAUUCAUUCCAUAAUUAUAAAGAUGUGGAUGAAUCUGGGUCUCCAAUUGAUAUUAAACCUGUGAAGUUUUUGACUGGUCAUAGUAGGAAAGUCGGCCAUGUUUUGUUCCAUCCUGUUGCAGCAAAUGUUUUGGCUUCUUCUUCGUUGGAUUAUACUGUGAAGUUAUGGAAUUUGGAAACUGGUGAAGCUGUGAUAACUUUAAAACAUCCUGAUAUGGUUACUUCUAUGUCAUUUUCUUACGAUGGGUCUCAUUUAGCUACUGUAUCUCGUGAUAAGAAGUUAAGAGUUUGGGAUAUUAGAGAGGGGAAAAUUGUCAGUGAAGGUGCAGCACAUGCUGGUGCUAAGAAUCAACGUGUAGUAUGGCUUGGUAAUUCUGAUAGGUUGGCCACUACAGGGUUUUCUAAAUUAAGUGAUCGUCAAAUUGGUAUAUGGGAUGCAUUUGACUUGCAAAAAGGUGAUCUAGGUGGGUUUUACAAUGUUGAUCAAUCUUCCGGUAUCUUGAUGCCAUUUUUCGAUGAUGGUAACAAGAUUCUUUACGUAGCUGGUAAAGGUGAUGGUAAUAUCAGAUAUUAUGAAUUCCAAAAUGAUGAAUUGUUCGAAUUAUCAGAAUUUCAAUCAACUAAUGCGCAAAGAGGAUUUGCUGUGGCUCCAAAGAGAAUGGUUAACAUUAAAGAAAAUGAAGUUUUGAAAUGUUUCAAGACUGUUGGUGAUCAAUUCAUUGAACCUAUUUCCUUCCAUGUUCCACGAAAAAGUGAAGAAUUUCAAGAAGAUAUUUAUCCUGAUGCUCCAUCUGAUCAACCUGCUUUAACUGCUGAAGAAUGGUUUUCGGGGAAAUCAGUGGAGGGACCAAUCUUAGUCUCUUUAAAAGAUCUGUAUAACGAUGAGGAGAAACCUUCAUUCCGUAAUGCAAAGAAGGAAGAAACUCCUGUUGAGAAGCCAGUUGAGCCAAAGAAGGAACUCUCUGAAAAAAAAUCUGUUGAACAAAAGAAGAAGGAAGAAUCACCAAAGCCUGUCCCAGCAGUCGAACAAGAAGCUUCUCCAAAACCAUCCACACUUGGUGAUGUACUAAAAGCAGAUAAUUCUGUUGAUAAAUUAUUACAAAAAUCAAGUACUUUAGAUAGUAUCAAUGCCGCAGAAGACCCUUCCAAGGAUAGUUCUGGAUGGGAUGAUGAUGAUGAAGAUUAUGAAGUACCUACGCCUGCUGCACCUGUAAAGGAAGAAACUCCAAAAUAUGAAGAAAAGAAAGAAAAACCUAAGAAAGAAAUUAAAGUUGAGUCGUCUAAAUCUGAACCUGAAUCUGAACCAAAGAAAGGCGUAAGUACAAGUCCUGUCGCAACUCCUGUCAAGGAAAGAGAAGCACCCACAGCAACUCCUGCUGCUUCUGCUGCUGGUAAAUCACUUGGGUUAAAACAAUCCGUGGAAAAACUAUCAGAAUUAGUUUUGCACUUAGAAAGUAUUGUUGAGAAGUUGAACAAGAGUAAUAUUGAAAAAGAUGAACGUCUUCGUCAAUUAGAAUCGAAAAUUGAUGAAUUAUUGAAGAAACACUAA